AUGGAACUAAAUUCAUCAAACCUCUGCAACGAUACAGUCGCCUGGAUAUGGCUGUCAUCUCUCCAGCCUCCAUUUCUGGCUAUUAUCAGCAUCCUGGGAGUGUUGGGCAACAGUCUGGUCCUCUGCGUGUUCUGCCUCCAGCGGAAGCCGUGCAGCGUAGCUGAUGUGUAUCUGGGCAACCUGGCAGCUGCAGACCUCAUUAUGGUCCUGUGUUUGCCCUUCUGGACGGUCACCAUCGCCCAAGGGUAUCAAUGGAACUUCAGUCAGCUGCUCUGCAAGGUAAUCUGCACCGCCAUCUCGAUGAACUACUACUGCAGCAUACUCUUCCUGGUGCUGGUCAGCGUGGACCGCUACCUCGCCUUGGCCAAACCCAUGAACCCCAGUAAGCUGAGAUACCCCAAAGUGGCCAAGAGUAUCUGUGUGGUGAUCUGGAUGGUGGGAUUCGUGCUCAGCCUCCCAACUCUGCUCUUCCGAAGAGUAGGUUUCUUUCCAUUCAUAGGGGUGGAUGCCUGUUACCUAGAAUACCCUCAUCCAGCCUGGGUUCUCCAACGGAACAUCACGACAAACUUCGUUGGAUUCCUGCUUCCGCUGCCGAUUAUUUCUCUUUGCACUUUUCACGUGGUCAGAGCGCUUAAAAACCGCGGCCUGGUGAUUCAACCGAGAGUUCAAACGGAGAGGAAAGCCGCUCAGCUGGUUCUGACGGUCCUCACAGUGUUUCUCCUGUGCUGGACACCCUUUCAGCUGGUGCAGUUCCUAGAAACUCUUGACUACUUUCAGCUCAUUCCUGGGUGUCUCUGGGAGAAUGGAGCCACUUCAGGAAGAGAGCUCAAGGAGUUUUUCAAGGUCUUUUGUGUUCUAGCCGCAAGAGCAACUCCUCUGUGCACCUAA